CCGGUGAGGCAACAUCGCAACAGGAAUGUUCCACAAAUGGUACGCUAAUCUGAGUAAUCGUACCAUCGCGAUUACGAUAGUCGUCUGCAUCUGUAUGCUGUACGUUUCCUACACAUUUAACACAUGUCUGAUAUCGAGCAUCAACCGGACUUGGAAAAAGGCCCACACCAGCUUCACCACGGUAACCACACCCACUGAGGAAACGGACGCACCGCAGAUUAAAAUCCUCGGUUCGAUCGUUCGAAUAGUACCCCUAACUGGUGAUGGAACCGGCUAUGAGUCGAAAGGAAUCCUGAACGCUACCGACGGUUCACCCAAGUAUCGUUUCCUUCGGUCGCAAGGCUUGCGACCAUCCCGCCAUCUACCGGAUGCUCUCAUUAUCGGUAUCAAAAAGAGUGGCACCCGUGCCUUGCUGGAAUUUAUUCGGCUUCAUCCGGAUGUCCGCGCGGCUGGCUGCGAGGUACACUUUUUCGAUCGACACUACGUCAAAGGUCUGCACUGGUAUCGGCACCACAUGCCACCGACGAUCGAAGGUCAGAUCACUAUGGAAAAAACGCCGAGUUACUUCAUUACCAAGGAAGCCCCGAAACGGGUCUACCAUAUGAACCCGGGCACCAAGCUGCUGGUGGUUGUACGGGAUCCAGUGACACGUGCCAUCUCCGAUUACACUCAGGCGCGCAGUAAAAAGAAAGACAUGAAAAAGUUCGAGGAACUAGCGUUUCUUAACGGAACCUCCGGUGGCGUUGUAGACACUACCUGGGGACCGGUUAAGAUCGGAGUAUAUGCCAAACACCUGGAACGGUGGCUCGAGUACUUCCCACUGUCGCAGUUGAUCUUCGUCAGCGGUGAACGCUUGAUCGCCGAUCCGGCGGUAGAGAUCGGUCGCGUUCAGGACUUUCUGGGCCUGAAACGGGUUGUAAACGAGAAACAUUUCUAUUUCAACUCGACCAAGGGUUUCCCCUGUUUGCUGAAAUCCGAGGAACGAUCGUCGCCUCACUGCCUGGGUAAAACGAAGGGUCGUAACCAUCCUCGGAUUGAACCACAGGCCAUCGAGCGAUUGCGCGAGUUUUACCGACCGUUCAAUCUUAAGUUCUACCAGCUGACCGGGAUCAACUUUGGUUGGCCCUGAAGAAAUCCAAUCGCAAGACAUUAGAUAGGUGUACAUAAGUAUUUAGUUACCGGAGGAUGUAGAAUGAAAUUCAAUUGCAAUCCGCGUAGAGUUCCUAGCUAAAUGAGGGUGUUCAAUGGAUUAUACGAAAAUUGGAGGAAUUUGCAGGGUCCUUCUUGGUCAACUGAAACAAGUUGGUAAAUUUUGAAUCAAUCAUUCAGUAAAAGAAGAAUCCUGCAAGCUUCCAUAGCUCAAAUUAAUUCACUGACAGAUCAUUCCUGAACCUGAAAUGAUCGAAACUGUAGCGUUUUCAACGAAAGCAAACCAAAAGAACCAACAUUUUGUGGCAAACUAGCAUGUCGAAAACAAAAAUUCAGAUGUCAAAAGGGUAACUUUUUGUACCACGAAUUUGCACUAGGAGCCAAAUAUCUAAAAAUUAACCAAUGAAUAGGAAGUAAAAGAAGAACCAUAAUUAAACGCUCACGUUUUCGGGGGCGAAUUAGAUAAGAACCAUAUAAAUAUAGUAGCAGUAAGAUACUUUCGCACAAUGCAAUGCCAAACCGAACAAAAUGCAAGGAAAGCACUUAGAUUCGCACAAAAACUUAAGGACUAAAAAAAGUCGGUUUAAAAAAAAAGAUCUCACCUUGAUCGGUUUAUGUUAUUUUUUUCUGAACUGUCGAAUAGAAUCGAUUAGUGGUUUAUUUUACUUGCGGCCUCAGAAAUAGCAGAGAUGUAAAUGUGCCACAUUGGUUCAACCAUAACAGAAGAAAAAUUGUUCCAUUUUUGCUCCUCUCUCACCGAUGGCCUACUAGUCUGCUUGAUAAAUAAAUGACAAAAAUUAUUCUAA